CUAAAUUAUGGAUCAAAUUCUCGGUGAAAAAUCAAAAUUCUCAAAUGAGAGGAUGUUUAAAAUUUUUAGUUUGCGUUGGAGAUUACUGUUCACCGGUUAUAGUACAGUAUUAGUUUGCGUUGAUGGCUGUUUUUAAUUUUAUGGUUGAUUAUUCAUGGUUGGUUAAUACUGAGUUUUUCAGUUUUGUAUCUGCUCUAGUUUGCUCAACGUCAGCUUGCUCUUGCGGCCUUGCCGAUGUUGUAUCAUCCAGGCGUUCGUAGAGCACGUGGAUAAGCACGAGGCAGUCUAGAGUACACAGACAAAGUGGUGUUUAAAGUAUGAGUUACCGUGAGAGCUUCUCUGAAGUCAAAAUAUCUCAAACUCGUAAUUCGUAUUGCCAAUUCUGUUUUCAUUUGAAAAGCCGCAGGCUCGCAGAAUCAGCAAGCAGUACUUCACUAGAAGUUUACUAGCGACAAAAGUUCGUUUCUGCGGUCUUUUAGUCCAUACGAGUAUCUGUACAAGUUCAUGAACGGCUGUGGGAUUCUGACAGUGAGAUUUAUUAGUAGUAGUACAUGUUGAAUACAUGCGAUAUUUUUUUCCGAGACCAGUCUCUCUAAAGAUAUGCCGGAUUACGAGGACACUUGUGUACUAACGAAUGGCAGCCUUAGUGAGACGUGGAAGCAGUUGAAAGCGAAUGCGAAUGACGUACUCUGUAUGUGAAAUAUUCGGGAAGAGCACGGAGCAUUGGGUGAAAAAGGGGAUAGAAACAACUGCUAAGCGGUAUACGGGUACGGGAGAUGCUUGUGGAUCUGCAGCGGCAAGAACUGCGUACGGUGCACUCGAGGCUGCGCAGAAGUGUGUCCAAGAAAUCCAAAGUGUUCGAGAGGGAUACCGCAUGCGAAAGAUCUCGGUUACUGGAUCGUAGUGAUGACAGCGUCGACGCGGAAUACAACGGAGAUUAUGAGGAAAAAGCUGUGGACGAGACCAUAAGUCCGUUAGCGCCUCGAGAUCGAUGGAAUUUUGCGUUCGUUUUAAUGAUAUUGCUCGGCAUGAGCACGGGAUAUGCAUGGCACUUUUUUGUUGCUGCAGCUGAUUAUUUUCGGUAUUCCUUUCGCAACGUUACCAAUCCGGAGCGACCAACAACAUUGCAGAAUGUAUUCGAGAGCACACUGGCGCUAAUAUCCUCCGGCGUAGGUCUCCUAGGCAUCGCCGUCAAUACAGUGUUAACUCGUUAUGUCUUAUCAAAAAUCCGCAUCCUAUCCGGAUUGAUCGCCGUUGUAACGAUCUUCAUCGCCACUGCCGUGUUGGCCAAAGUAGACACGGACACAUGGCAGCAUGGGUUUUUUGGAGUGACCAUCCUGAAUAUUGUCUUGAUUCGAUUCUCCAGCAAUCUGACAUUGGGCGGCUUGUAUGGCAUUCAAGGCUGCUUACCGUUCCGAUUCGCCACGGCUCUCAUGGUGGGACAAGCCACUGCGGGAAUAUUUGCUGCAUUAGCUGAAAUCGUUUCCGUGGUGGCGGGUAAUGGAGUGGCUGGAAAAGAUGCCAUUAAAACGGAGGCUUGCGGUUAUUUUGCCUCGGCGGUGGGAAUGUCGUUCCUGGCGGUAAUUGGAUUUCUGAUACUGCUCCGGCUGCCAGUUAUUCAGUUUUAUUUAUUCCCUUCGUCCACCAAUGUUGUGAUCAAAGAAGAAUCAAAACCGGAUGAUGCCCACCCAGCAAUUACUGUUACCAUAAAGGAAAAAUUCAGCUUCCGCAUCGUGUUUUCCUGCAUUUGGACUCACGCCCUUGUGGCCUUCUCCAAUUUCUUCGUAACAUUAUCCCUGUAUCCCGCCGUGGCGACAGCGGUGCGGUCCGUUUCCGCUGCCAGUGGAUCCCUCCUAACAAACGGCCUGUUCACCCCGCUCAGCUGCUUCCUCGUGGCCAACACGGCCGAUCUGGCCGGACGUCUGGCCCAUGGAUUCCUUCGUUGGCCGGAUCCUCAACAGCGAUUCGUGACACUGCUCAUUGCACUGUUGCGCUUCGGAUUCAUCCCGGUGAUGCUGUUGUGCAACGCACAGCCCCGGACGCAUUUGCCAGUGGUGUUCGGAGAUGCGGUGCUGGUGGCGUGUAUUGCGCUGAUGUUGUUUACCAGCGGAUAUCUUGGGAACCUGGUGAUCAUGUACGGACCAAAAAUGGUUCCGCCGCAGUUUGCGGAAACUACCGGAUCGUUAAUGGGGGUGUGUCUGAGCAGUGGUGCGCUGUUGGGCUCGGCGUUGUCUUUCGGCUUCAUUGCCGCUUUGUGAUUUUGUUCAUAUGGAACUAUGGAGCUUACUGAUGGUUUGUUAUUCCUUUUUUGCUGUUUUACUAUUGACUACGUGGCUCGUGUUGUUUGAAAUGUUUAAUGUUUAUCAGUAAAAUUGGAUCAAUUUUUUUGAUGCAAAUUCCUUAUGUGAAAUAUCGUUUCGGAAUUUUUU